UUCUGAGCAUUUGGUUCAGAUUUGACCUCUUUUCCCAAACAUCCUGUAGUGGUCGCCCAGUUCUUCCCUCCCCCUUUUUUUCUUCUCAUGUUUCUCGUUUCUGGGCUGUUGCACAACAGCAUUGUUUUCAUCUUCGUUCUUCUGUCACAGACACAUGCAGUGAUGGUGGAGGAUCAACCAGAGGCCAUUACCACCGUGACGGGCGGCAAUAAACCUGUGCACCGCUUCCUUAGAGGACAACCCAAGAGCAUUGGAGUUGUCCUAGUGAUAAUGGGUAUAGGUCUGUUCAUGUUUGCAAUACCCAUGAAUGCAGAAUCAGAAGCACCCAUCUCAGAGGAGCAGUCCACCCCAUACUGGCUUGGUUUCUGGUUCUUUGUCUGUGGUCUUCUGUAUAUACUGUCUGAGCGUAAUCCCUCCAAAAAGAUGAUCACAGCCAGCCUUGCUCUGAGUAUCAUCUCAGUCAUUGGAGUGGUGACUGCUGUGGCGGGCUUCUCCAGAACAAUUGCUAAUAUCCAUUACAUGCACUUUUAUCAUGCAAGUGACAAUCAAACAGAAGAGGAGGAACUUUAUGCUGAACAACAUUAUAUGACCAUGACGAACAUGGAGGUAGUGUUCAUCUGCCACAGCUUGAUAGGAGGCGUUCUGCUUGUGGCCAUGGCCUUCUUCGCCCGGGCAGCGCUGCAGUCCAGCAGAACUCAGGCUGUGGUUGUAAUGAGGAACCUGCCGUCAGCAGAGUGAACCAACCCAGAUCAUCUGAACAUCCUCUGUGGUGCACAUGAAGAGGAGCUGACGGCACAUUACAGCAAUCAGCGUUUAAACUGCAUAUAUAAUAUGUAUAUUGUAUCUAAAUGCAGCAGAGCUGUAGUGUCUGUUUUCUGCAGAAACCAUACCAGUGUUUUGAACUGAAUCCUAAAAUAAAAACACAGUGUAGGGACAUUUAUCACUUGUAAAUGUAUCAGUUAUGUACAAACAUCUAAUAAACAUAAUCAUUAACACUUUCUAAACACUUGUUAACACUUGUCUGGCACAAAACAUUUUAGACACAUUACUCUACAUCUUCUGGACGACAACCCUCAAUAAAAAGAGACGCCUUGAGA